GGUUUGAAAUGCGUCGACUGGGCAAGCUGUUCGAAGCUGUUUCUCCCUCGCAGCACUGAUGUAUGACAGCGGCGGCGAGACCGUCGUCCUCACACCGGAGGAAACGGUGAAUGGAACCACAGCCAGCACAGCGCACAGCACAGCACAUCACAUCUGCAGGCCUCUCAUCUCUUCCUGUCUGUCUAUCUGUCUGCCCCGCAGCGUUCACUUCAGCACUCUGCGAACCUGUACUCCAUCAUCCGGACAGUGGAGCACCUGGAGAAGGCCUUUGUCAACGGCUGGGUGAUGGAGCAGGACUACGAGCGGGAGUGCAUGUCGCUCAUCGCACAGUUCAAGACGCUCCAGCGAGCCCUGAAGGACAAGUACCCCGACAUCAGGGAGUUCCUCGACGAGUAUGACCUCGACUGCCCUCUCGCCACCGACAGGCUGCUCGAGUCGGGCGUGCCCGCCACAAAGCUGUAUGCCACCGGACAGGCGGCAAGCAAAGCCGAGGUGGGUGGGGUGUCUGUCUGUGUGGGCGUGUGGUGGUUUGGUUGGUGGCGAGGGGUCCUGGUGGAACGGAUGGACGAACGAAUUAUGUGUGUGCAGUCGUUGCUGGUGUUUGAGUUGAGUGGGCAUUUCAUCACCCUGCUGGACGCUGUGAGGCUCAACCAACGCGCUGUCGACGAAGUAAGCCGAGAGAAACACACACACACGCUCAUUGACGGACGGACGGCCCCACCCCACAUGUGCACAUCUCCCUGUCUGCCUGCCUGCUCGCCUGUGUUGACCCGAGCAGAUUCAGCCAUUGGUGUCUGAGUUGGUGUCGUCGCUGAACCGUGUGGGCAGUCUGCCCCACGACAUGGCGGGCAUACAGAAGGUCAAGGAAUGGUGAGUGAGUGUGCACAGACAAAGUGCAGAAGAGAAUGCCUGUGAGGCUCGCCUCGCACCGAUGAGUGUGUUGGUUGUGUGUUGUGGCUGGAUGUUGUGUGUACUAUGUCUGCAGGAUCUACACGCUGAACCGGAUGUCGGCAACUGACGAGUUGUCGGACAGCCAGUCGCGUCAGCUGUCGAUGGACGUGGAGAAUGCCUACAGCGCCUUCAGGAACUGGCUGCAGUCACCACACUGACCGACCCGACCUACCGACUGCGGCCGGGUGUAACAUACCUAUCCAGAUACAUCUGUCUGCCUGCCUGCCUGCCUGCCUGCCUGUGGGGUGGGUGUGUGAGCAUAGGCAUGCACACACGCUGCUUGUUUUUGACCCAUGUUUGUUUUGAUGUGUCGGCUGGUGCGGUGCGGUGCGGUGCGUGAGGAGAUGAUGAGCG